AUGUUGAGGCUAACCAAAAUUCAGGUUGAGAAGUUAAGGAACAAGGCUAAUGAAGGAAGAAAUAUAGAAAGUGGUCGUGGUUAUACUAGAUAUGAAACCUUGUCUGCACAUGUUUGGAGGUCUGUUUGUAAAGCACGUGGACACCAACCUGAGCAGCCAACUGCUUUAGGUGUCUGUGUUGAUUCACGUAGACGGAUGCAGCCACCUUUACCUGACGGUUACUUUGGUAACGCUACUUUUGAUGUGAUCGCGGUUAGUCACGCCGGUGAGCUCAUGUCAAAGCCCUUGGAAUAUGCUGCAAGUAAAAUAAGGGAAGCAAUUGAAACGGUUACAAAUGAGUAUGUGAGAUCCGCAAUCGAUUUCUUGAAGAAUCAACCAGACUUGACUAAGUUUCAAGACCUUCACUCACUAGGAGGUACUGAAGGACCCUUUUAUGGGAACCCGAAUAUUGGGGUGGUUAGUUGGUUAACCCUACCUAUUUAUGGCCUUGAUUUUGGGUGGGGAAAGGAGAUUUAUAUGGGACCUGGCUCUCAUGAUUUUGAUGGGGACUCGUUACUUCUGCCAAGUUCUAACGGAGAUGGGUCUUUAAUUCUUGCAAUAUGUUUGCAGGUGGCUCAUAUGGAAGCUUUUAAGAAAUACUUCUAUGAAGAUACAUAUCUUGUUUAA